GAUACGGCCGCCAGUUGUGUGCAAGAGUUGUUCGGGAGAGAAACGGGUUUCUUUUCUCAGCAAUUUUCAUCAGGAGAGAAAGAGAGAAGGAUAAAAAUCAAAAACAAGAAUUUCGCGCUCCAUUUCUAUUUUGCUUGACGAUCGUAAUUUCUUGGAUCGUUAUUCGGCUUCGACUGCAAAAUGUACUGUCCUCUCAAAAUAAUCUACAAAACUGAAACGAUCCACACCUAACGUUUGAAUUUCUACACAUUUUACAUUUUACCCAAAAGUGAACUGGUGCACUGUGAAGUGAUUUUGAAAAUUGACAAUCGCGUCCCACCCGAUAAUUAUAAUUUUUUAAUUUGAACAUUUUUUUCGAAGCAAUGUCGAGACUUGUCUAACAAUAAGUAAUAUAUGUACAUAGAUAUUUGAAAGAACAAAUAAUUUGGGGUAUUUUUUUGAUAUUAAAUCUUUGAAGAAGACACGACACAUCUGACAUCUCGUCGAAAUGAAGUCGGUUUUUAUACUGGUCACUCUGGCCUCUUGGUCAACGGGGCAGCUAAUUUAUCCCGAUCAAUUCGAAUCGAUGGUAGCUGCUACACCAAAGACACAAAAUAUUCAGCAAUCGGAUCCCACGCAGUUCAACAAUUUCGUCGAUAAUGGCCGCGUCAGCGGCUUCGCCGCACCAAUUUCACCCUCACCUCCUCUGGCGUCGAAUUCCGUUUACGCACCACGAGCACCGCCACGUGAUACUUUGGAUCCGAUGUGGAAUGCCAGGGCGAACGACGUUAUUUCCAAGGGUAUAAUGAGGUUUGCGUUGAAUAUGGACAACGCGGUCUCGACUUCUCGGGCUCGUUAUUUUCCCGGGUCCCGUGAAAACACCGUUUUCUCCCCGUUGAGCAUCGCCGUUGCCCUAUCUCUCGUUCUGCUCGGUUCAGCUGGAAAAACUCACGAAGAGGUCGCGAAUAUUUUGGGCCUAAACGCUGGCGUUGACGUGUCCAGAAAUUCGGAAGUCGUUCAUCAAAUGUUCGGUGUCCUCCUCGACUCGGUUUCCAAUAAACCGGGAACAUCGGGAACCGAGUUGUCGUUCGCUAGCGGAAUAUUCGUCAAGGAUGGUUUCCCCAUCAGAAACGAGUACAGAGCGGUCAGUCAGAAUGUUUAUAAGAGCGAGGUGUUUAAUUUGGACUUUGCUAGCGGUCGGGGCCGCCCUGAGGCUGUAGUUAACAGAUGGGUGCAAGAAAAGACUCGUGGAAAAAUUCCAACGAUCUUAAACGGUCCGCCACCAGCGGAAACGAGCGUUAUCAUUGCAUCUGCUUUGUAUUUCAACGGGGAAUGGAAUCAAUUUUUCAUCGACGGCGCGACUAGAAGAAAAACCUUCACCGUCGCUCCCGGCGAGACCGUCGAAGUUGACAUGAUGUACAACGGCGGUGAAUUCCCCUUCUUCGAGGACAGAAAACUGAAAGCUAAAAUUCUAGGUCUUCCCUACAAAGGGAGAGAGGUCACAAUGUACGUCGUCCUUCCAACCGAUCGCAGUCCCGACGCGAUACGUACUCUGGAGCGCAAUCUGGAUGUCAACACGUUGGAGACCUUGAUAAGGAGUGUACGUAACGAAACUUGUAUAAUCGGUCUACCUCGUAUGAAGUUAUCGAGUACAUUGAGCCUGCGAGAUUCCCUCCAAGCUCUGGGUCUGAAUUCUUUAUUCGAUCCCGCCACCGCCGAUUUGAGUCUCUUAUCCCCGGGUUACACCGGCGAUUCUUCGGCUACGAGACAACCGACCCAGAGGCCACCCAACAGGGGAACGGACAACGUCGUUUUCCCGACGAGAUUCGGUGAAAAUGACGACGGCGACAAAACAACACCACCAGUGAGCAAGAACUAUUUGAAACCGAAUUACUUCACGUACGACGACAAGGCGCGCGGUUAUCGCAUCGAGCAAUGGGCGACCGGAUUCUCCAUCGGCAGAAUCCCGGGUAGAAGAAGUCGCAGAAAUAUCUCAAUGGGUAGAUGGUUGGCGAAACGUAGGGGCGAUAUGGAAAAUUCGAAGAGCCUCCGUGAGAGCGUACCAUCGUCAUCCGGAGUACGACGCGAGAGGCGACAAGUCAGACCGAUGAAUCCUGACUUCGUGAAUUACAUGGGAUAUCAAAAUCAGCCGUCGUACGGGCUCGACGAUCUUCGUCGCAGCGGUAAUUUGGCGAAUCCGGGUAUUUACGCGGACGAUGUUUUGCACCGAGUGGAAAUCGAUAUUUCUGAAAAAGGUACCGUGGCCGCGGCAGCUACCGGGGUUGUCAUCACCAAAGAUGGCAACCAGAAACGAUUUGUGGCCGAUCGUCCUUUCCUAUUUCUCAUCAGGGACGAGCCCACGGGACUUGUAUCGUUCUGGGGUACCGUUUACAAACCCACGCCCAAUUAUCCCGUCCAAUCGCCCGCGCCUUAAAUCGCUUGUCGAUUUUUAAGAGUUUCAUCGACGAGAUUUUCUCUGGCAGAGGUAAGACGAUUCGGAGAAUAAAUUAAUGAUCGUUAUUGUGGGAAUAUCUAUAGAUAAUUUACAUGAAAAAAAAAAAAAAAAAAAACAUCAGAUCGCCGUUUGAAAAUCCUCAUUUUUUUUUUAUCUCUCUCUCUCUCUCUCUCCGUCUCUCUCUUUUUCUCCACUUUGAUACAUAUUCUCGGUCAUGCUUAUCAAAUAAUGACCAUAACAAUUUCACCAUCGUUUCCUGAUCGCUGUAACUAGAGUGAAAUCGAUUUUUAAUUGAAGGAAUUUCAUGUGAAUAUGUGCGAGUACACCAAAUUCGGACGACAGUAAGACAAUGAAAAGUUGAACGAAAAAGUUACUGCAGGAGUGCUAUGAAACCAAUUAUGAAAAAUCCCAAUAAUUUAUUUUGCGUACAUAUAUAUUUUUCUUUCAAAUUACAUGCAAUCCUAACGACCACUGCAGUAUUCCAGUUUUCUAUACUAUAUCUAUACACCUGCAAUUUUAUCAUACAUAUUUAAAUUAUUAUUAUUAGCCUGAAGAAUGAAUCAAAUUAUUCCAAGGGGCACAAAUUUGGAAACAUACACGAUGACGAAUAUAAUAAUAAUAGCAAUAUUAGUGUAGUACCCAUAAUUAGAUUAAUAACAUAAUUAUGAAAAUUAUUAUCACGUUAUGGACGCCGGACAGUUAAUUUUUAUCAUGGUACCUGAGAAAAUGUAUAAUAAUCAGGUAUAGAUCGACGAUAUUUUAAACUAGGCGCUGGAUGCCUUGUAACGACAAUUUAAAUAAUUCGAAUUCAUCGGAAUUUCCAUGUCUGUAUAAAUAAGACAUAAAUAACCUACCGAAGUAAAUUACCGAAAAUAAACAACACGGUAGCAAAAAUACGUAAAAAAUUGAAAAAGAAAACAAAAAAAAAAAACAAAAAAAAAAAAAAAAUAGGAACAGAAAAAGCACAAGAGUUUUGUGAUAUUGCAGCACUUUAUUUAUUUAAUAAACUAUGAUAUUAGA